AUGCCACCCUCACUCGACCCCUCCCCCUCCUUCUCUCUCGCCGACGCCCUCUCCUCCUCCUCCUCCUCCUCCUCCUCCACCAACCUCCUCGCCCUCUCCGUCUCCCUCACCUUCAGCUCCUCGCUCAGCUCCCUCGGCGACGUCCCCCUCUUCUCCUCGCUCUGCAAGAACCCGUACAAGGGCCCGUCCUUCCUCACGCUCGCGUUUGACGAGCUGAAGCGGCCCGUGCUCGCAGCCGAGCGCGGUGUCGUCGUGUCUGUCCCGACUGCACCGCGGCUGGCACACCUCGUCCUGGAGAGGCGCAGUGUUACUCGGUGGACUGGGAAGAUCGACCCCACCGCCGACGGGCUCGCCCACGGCCCAUGGGCCGACCCUCCCGAGCUGCCAGAGGUCGCCUGGAUCCCGCAAGGCUCAGUCAUCCCGCGCUCAACCUUGCUAGAUACUCUCCACGAGCGGCGGGAGCGGCGCAGCCCUCCUCACCAUGGCCUCCCAGCUACCGCCGACUCGCCCUCCAAGCCGGCCCACAAACGCUCGCUCUCGGCAGCGCGGCGCGAGGCGCAAGUCUUCGGGACCGAGAUCUCCCUCCCGGGGCACGCCAAGGCGUGGUCGCGCGACGUCUCCCCCGAUCCCACCUCGGCCGCAGCCCCCUCCCCCCUGCGCCCCCCAACACUCAUCGUCUCCACCUCCACCGCCUUCCUCCCCAUCUCGCUCUCCACCUCCUCGCACACCCUCCCCCCGCCCGUCCCGCUCGCCGUGCGCCGGGGCAAGAAACAGCUCGCCCCGCUCAACAUCACCAAGCCCGCGCCGGGGACGUACGACGAGUACCCCGGCAUGCCGACCGCGUUCCGCUCGCCGGCGUGCGAGCUCAGCGCGUCCCCGCCGCCGCCGGUGGGGACGGGGACGGGGACGGUGGAUAUGCGCUUGGACGAGAUGAUCGCGGACCUGCGCGCGCGCGCCGCGGCGCUCCCGCCCGGCCGGGACAUGCGCGGCUCCGCGGCUCUUGCCUCCACCUCCAAGGGCAACGGCGAGGAGACGCCGCCGCCCUCGAGCUCGUCGGACGAGUCGGGCGGGUGGGCGACGCUCGACAGCGUGCUGGAGGCGUACCACGCCCCCGCCCCCGCCCCCGCCCCCGCCCCCGCCCCCGAGCCCAGCGUGUGGGACGCGAUGCUGUGCUCGCCGACCGAGUCGUCUUCGUCUUCUCAAGACCAAGGUCAGGGGCAAAGUCAACUUCAGGGCCAACGUCAAGGUGCGCCAAUCGCCGCGCCCGUCCCCGUCCUGCCCGCCACCCCGCGCCUUCCACAGCGCGCGUCGACGCCGCCCCGCCCCGCGCGCCUGUCCGACCCGCCCAAGCGCGGGAUCCUCAAGACCGCCAAGGUCGUGCGCUUCACCGACCCGCCCGCCGCCCCGCACCUCCAAGCGCACCCCAUCGCGCCGCGCAACCCCUCCCCCCUUCGCCAAAGCGUCGUCGUCGUCGACGGGCCCACCCCGGGCCUCUGCGCUGAUGGCGGGAAGCUCAAGUUCGCGCGCCGGAGCCUGCCCACCCGCGUCCCGGCCAGCGCGGGCGGCGCGCGGCGGCACACGGUGUCGCCGCCGCACGCGCAGUUCAUGCAGCCCAGACUUGGACAGGCGGGCGCUGAUAUCCGGGCCACGGGGGAGCGGUACCCCCGCGCGAGUGUGAAGGAGAACCGGCCGCCGAUGCGCGAGGUGCGGGAUGAGAACGCCGCGAGGAGGUCGUUCGACCAGCCCCGGGCGAGUGCGGGGGCGGUGCAGGGGGGCAAGGGUGCGAGGAAGGUGACGCCGUUGAGGAGUUUGUUGGGGAAGUUCAAGGCUUAA